AUGCCCAGAAUCUCAGAAACCGUCAAAGCCGACCACGCGCUCAUUACCGAGUUGUACCACGCCAUUCGCAGCGCCGAACCAGAGGAUCGUCACCAGUUGAGGAACCAGUUCAUCUGGACGCUGGAUCGCUAUCUGCGCGUUGAAGACCUCGUCGUAACACCGGCAAUCGAGAAGCACCUUACAAAGCACGGCCACCAGCGACGUCAGAGGUUGUCCGAUGAUUUCGAGAGUAUAAACACCAAACUCCGACACAUGCUACAGUACGAUCCUGCCGAAGAAAGUUUCAACGCGGCGCUACAAGCCAUCUGGGUGGACCUAGAACCGCAUGUCCGAGAGGAAGAGCGCAGUGAUCUCCAUCGGCUGGAGGAGAACUUGUCAGAGACCGAGUCGACCGAGCUCAGUAACAAGUACAACAGGAUCAAGGAUAUGUUGCAGAAGCCAUAUGGCAAGGAUGGAGCACCGGACUCCAAGACUUUGACAGCCAUUCUGGAGAUGUCCAGAGAGGACCUGAUUGUUAAGCUUGGGUUGAGAGAUAUCACAAAAUCCAUCAAGUCAACGACAGAAGACACGAACACUGAAGACACUCAAUCACGCAACAACAAAGAAGAACCCAUCAUCGUAUCGACAAUCGGCGACAAUGAUCCCAUCGAUCCCAAGAACUGGCCGCUAGCAGACCGAUGCAAGAACCUCGCCAUCUUGUUCUUCCUCAUCUUCGGCCAGGGGUACUCAGCCGGCGCCGAAUCUAUGGCCAACGCCGACGCUGCCAAAGAAUACGGCGUGGACCCGGCCCUCGAAACGCUCUCUACGGCCAUGUACUUGUUCGCUCCGGUCAUCGCACCAAUUGCCGGCGGCUGGAUCACUGCCAACCCAAAACUCGGCUGGCACUGGACAGAAUGGGUAACACUCAUCAUCUCCGGCACCGCCUUCUUGAUCUCUUUCCUAUUCCUGCCCGAAACAUACCUACCAAAACUACUCGACUGGAAAGCCUCACACCUCCGCCGCCUCACCGACGACCAGCGCUACGUAUCCGAGCAUUCUCGAAAGCUCCGACAGAAAUCUUUCGGUCAACGCUUAAGAACCCGCCUCUCGCUCCCGCUCAAGUUCAUCCACGCCGAGCCCGUCAUCACAGUCCUGGGAGUCUAUCUCAUUUUACUCUACACCCUCCUCUUCACCUUUAUGUCGGGAUUCGAUCACAUCUUCCGACAAGCUCACAACCUCUCCAAGGGCCAGACGGGCGCUUGUUUCGGCGCCAUCGCCGCGGGCGCCACAUCUUUCAUGCUCGCCGUACCGGGUCUCUAUCUCUGGGCCCGCCGCCGCAAAGCGCGUCUUACAACACAGGAUGCGGAUGAUGAUGCCACGCUUGAGCCCGAGUUCCGGUUGUAUCCCGGAUUCGUGGCCGGCCCGCUGCUUCCGGUUGCCUUGUUCUGGCUGGGCUGGACGGACGUGGAGAGGAUACCGAUGUGGUCUGUACUGGGGGCGUGCUUCCUUUUUGGUCUGGUCUUGAUGGCGCUUUAUACCAGCAGUUACGGAUACAUUGUUGAUAGUUAUGGGGUGCAUGCCGCCAGCGCUCUUUCUGCUAUCACGAUGUUGAGGUACAUAAUUGCUGGUGGUAUGGCUAUGGGGACGAGACCGCUGUUUACGUUACCGGGGUUUGGGGUGAAGUGGACCAUGACCGUCCUGGGAGGUGUUGCGGUUGUGCUUGCUCCUGCGCCGUUUGUGUUUUGGAAGAUGGGGCCGAAGUUGAGGAAGAGGAGUUUGUAUGCGAUUAGUCCGCGUGAGAAGUAA